AUGUUCAAUCAUUUAUUUACUGUUUCUAUUCUUGCCUUCGCUUGUCAACAAUUUCAACCAUGCCAUAGCGAAAUGCUUGUUUAUAAUCAAACGUUAGAUCAUUUUAAUUAUGAUCCACUUCAUCGUAAAUUCGGACAACGCUAUUCAAUAUAUGAUAAAUUUUGGGGUGGAUGUGGUGAUUAUCCAAUAUUUUUUAAUGUUGGCCCAGAAACACCACUUUACGAACUAUAUUUUCCUGGUACAAAUCCAUAUGAUCUUGCUGUAAUUUUUCAAGCUAUGAUUGUUAGUUUAGAGCAUAGAUAUUAUGGGGAAAGUUUACCAUUUGGAUCUAAUAUACUAAAUUAUACAAGUAACGAAUUUCAAUAUUUAUCAUCAAAACAAUAUAUGGAAGAUAUUGUUGAAUUUAGACAAUUUGUUAUUAAUAAAUAUAAUUGUUCCACUAGUAAAUGGAUUAGUAUAUCAGGUUCUUAUCCUGGCUUAAUUAGUGCAUACUUACGUUUACAUUAUCCUUUUUAUUUUAUUGGUGCAAUUGCUAUUGCUUCACCUGUGCAAAUUGCAAAAGCAUCUACUGUAAGUUGGUUACCAAACUUUGCUAGUAUUAUUGGUCCAGAUUGUACCGUUGCGUGGCGUUCGAUAGCUAAACAAGUCGAAGAUUUAUUAGUAACAUCAUCGGGACGUGAUCAAUUAAAGCAAAUGUUUUCCUAUAUUUUAUCGGUAAAUGGUAUAAGAGAAAAUGAUGAACUAUCAUGGAUGGAAUUCUUAAUAGAUGUGGCAAGUAUUUUAUUUUAUCCAAUGGGAUUUAAUCCUACUGUUGGUCCUACUAUAUUUCCCCGUUCAUAUCCUGGUACAUAUAUUUGUCAAAAUAUAAGUUCGAGUGAUUCUUCAAUGGUUUUAAUGAAUUAUGCGACAUUAGGUAAUGAAACAUGUGUGUAUCAACAGUCAAUUGGUGUACCUUGUCCAGUGCCAUUCGCAGGAUCAUGGUAUCAAUGGCAACGAUGUACAGAAUUUCCAUCACCUUAUUCUCCAUUAUUGUACGAUACUAAUGCAGAUAUAUUUAGUAAAUAUAUUAAUUUGGAUAAUUUAUUUCGAAGUUGUCAUCAAACAAUGGGAUCAGGUAUUGGAAACUUGGAUGAUUUUAUUUCUAUUGGAGAACGUUGGGCUGGUUCGGCAUCUUGCAAUAAUAAUUUUGAUUCAUAUGUUAAUGUUGGAAACUUUUAUUUUGCUGUAGGCACAUUUGAUCCUACAGUUACUUAUUUACCAACAACAAAUCUUUCACGAACAAUAACAGGUCGAAUUGUACCUGACACUGGUCAUGCAUUAUUAUUAAAUCGUCUAUGGUAUCCUAAUAAUUCUUAUGUUGAUCAAGCUUUUAAUGAACUUGUUGAACAAAUUAAAAUAUGGCUAAAUAUCAAUGUUACUAGUACUGAUCCUUCAUAUGCUGCCCGUCCAGGUCGUCCUCAAACAUCUGUCAACGAACAAACAAUUGAUGCUGUACGAACAAUAAUUAACAAUGAUCCUCAUUCAACAUACCAACAAAUAGAAGACAUCUUGGGUAUUAGUUCGCCAGCAAUCAAUUCAAUUAUUCAUGAUUAUUUGAAGCUACACAAAGUUUGUACUCUGUGGGUGCCACAUCAGCUAACUGAUGGCCAAAAACAGUGGAGCAUUCAAUUUUGCUGUCGUUCACUGAAUAGAUUUGAAGAAGGUCAAUCCCGUCGUGUAUUUGACACUAUAACUGGCGAUGAAUCUUGGUUCUAUCAUUAUGAUCCAGCAACAAAAGAGGAGUCAAAAGUUUGGGUGUCAAAAACUGAUCCUCGUCCAACAAAAGUUCAUCGAAACAAAAGUUCAGGCCAAAUAAUGGUAGCUGUCUUCUUUAUGAAAUCUGGUUUAAUCAAGUCAGUACCAUUAGAAACUGGUGUUACACUAUAUGCAAGAUGGUAUGUCAAUCCCUGUCUACCACAAGUCUUCAAAACUGUAUCAAAACGAAGACCAAGAAGCGGUCUUCGAGGUCUCAUUCUUCAUGACGAUAAUGCAAGAUCACAUCGAGCUUGGAUUAUCAACAAUUUUUUGGCCAAAAAUCGGGUUGGUGAAUUUUCAGCACGAAACGUUCAGCACUAG